UGAUGAAACAUACGUGCAGCUUUAUAUCUGUGAUUCAAAACACCGAAAGAUCAAAUCGGAGUAUCUACAUCAAACGAAUUCCAUAAAUUAGAUUCCCAUGUGGACUAGUUUGUUGACCUAACCUGCAUCGGAGAGCACUCAAAACGCUGAUGCAACUCAUCCCAUGUGAUAUAAGUUCAUCUGACAUUCUGGAUCUAGAUUACUCGGUCACUCGCGAGUUAGUUUAGCUCCCACAUAUGCCAAAUGUUUACCGAAACGCAAUCCUACCUCAACUUGGUGCUUCUAAACGCUAGUAAAAACUCGGAAUUAGACGCGUUGGGUGCAAUAUGAACUACCAGAGCCUGGCCAAACACAGCCAAUGCGUCUACCCGGUAGGCGAACAAUAGAAAGCGCCACUUUUUCAGACCAUUACGUGAUCGGCAUUCUACACCGGUUUUGAUGAAGCUGCCCGGACUCCGAAUAUGCAAAUCUCACUAACCCGGUGAACAGGAGGGUUGGAAUUUAGCACCCGAUCGUUUAACCGAUUCCGUCGCCACACAUGUGCUGCGCAUAAUGUUAUCUGCAUCCCCCCUCGGCGGUUAGGUGCAUCAAACAGAGCUUUGCUGUGUUAAGCCAGGACUCUUCAUUUGGGGAAGCCGAUGACCACAUGGAUCUGGAGGGGCACAAAUGAAAGCGAUUAUGGGAAGCAAUUUCACCUACUGGCCACCACAAACGUUUUUACCGCAUGCAAAACGGUCACCUGGUGAUGGAACUUUCAUAGAUUUAUGCAAAAAUGUUUCCCCUCUCAUAAUUUCAGGCUAAACUGCCGUCAAUAGAUAGGGGUGAUUUGUUUGUUCCAGCAUGCUGUGUCCCAGAAAGGACUUUUGCUUUUUCCACCGACUGUGAAAAUGGUGCUGGUGUUGCAUUGUUUCACGUACCGGGUUUCCCUUUCUAUAAAUGUUUGAAGCAACUUAUCCAUCCCAAGCAUCGAGGGAGAGCCCCUGCCACGCGUGUAGUCAAUCAAAGGCCAUCGCAGGACUGUCAAUGAUUUCGUCGGUCAAAUUAUAGCACUAAGCUUUCGUUUCAUUUGCAACAAGUGUGUGCGCUUAUGGAUUAGUCUGUACGAUCACCGUACUAAAAACGUUGCACUAACCGGACCAAACGAAUGUUGUAAAAUGUGAAUACCAAGCACGUAAUACUGCUGGAGGAACGUCAAAUGAAUCCGAACGGCAUUAUGGUGCGCGAGCACAGACACCCUAACACUUAGCACCCCAAGCACUUAGUUUUGUAAGUCUUUGAAGCGCAACUAUAUUGGAUCAUCAUACCAUACAAGUGCAGUGUAAACAAGCGAGAUGUUACAAUUCCUGCCCGAGAAGAUCACCAUCGAAGAUGCAUUGAGGAUCGUUGCCGGGUUCAGAUCGGGCAAACGAUUAUGGUUUUUUCUAAAGAGGAAAGAAGCGACAUCAUCAAACAAAUGUGCAAGUGAGCUCACAUCACGUUAGCUAAAAACGUGCCACAAUUAGCAGUGAAUGAUGGGUACUCGGAUCAGGCACAAAAGAAAGAUAUCUUAAUGCCACAUUAGUACGAUUUACUAAAACUCUUCUGUUACGUAUUAAGAUUGUUUAUUCGAUCUCGAUAGAGCACAAACACAGAAUUGAGUACAAAAUUAAUGAGGUGAGUAGAUGUAUAGGGAAAACCAACAAAACUAUCCUGUUGAGAACAUCUCUUAAAUGUAUGGAAAAUACAGUGAAAUCUCUCUAAGAUGUCGUCUCUUCAAGAUUAAUUGUUUCUUUAAGAUGAAUAUUUUGACGGUCCCAUCAUAUUCCAUACAUUUUAUGUCUCUUAAAGAUGAAGGUCUCUCUAAGGUGAACGUUAUAUAAGGUGCAUAUGCGAUUUGGCAGUCGAAAUUCUGUCGACAGUUUGCAAUUCUGUAAGAUAAAUUUUUGAACGACAGUUUGCAAAAAUAUUGGUCCAAGGAUGCCCGGUUUUUUCGGUGGUUUCUUGGAAACUUCAUAGCAACAACUUCAUUAGUUUUCCUCAACAUGAAUAUCUCUCUAAGUUGACGGUCCCUUGAAGAUUUAGAGAGAUUUCACUGUAACUACAUAAAUAUUCAUAGUUUUAAGAUAUUUAGAAGAUACUACGCAAAGUUGCGUUCGUGUUAUUCGCAAAGAAAACGGCUGACAAGCCGAAACGCGACCUUUUCGGCUUGUCAGUCCGCUUAAAUGUGGACGCCUAAUUCGCCUGAACGAUCCCUACCCUGCUACCAACGCACGGGCACUUCCGAGCGAUCGUGACACUGUCUUCCAUGCUCUCCGGGUUACCGGGGCUCCAGGUAAAGGUUAACUAGCGCGAUUGAACUGUGAUCGAGCCACUUUUGGCACAGAUUCAAUCGGUAAGGUUACAAGAGGCCGCACGCACCGCAAAACAUGUAGUAAAAACACACACGUAACUUGGGCUGUUUGUGUGUGUAUUGUGUGAAAUGAAGAAACACGCUGGUUAAACGCUGGGAACAAUCUCACUCCCGAGGCAAGGCGUUCCCACAGACGACGACUCUCGAUAAACCAUCACACGUAUUGUUCACCACCCACAACACCAACAACAUCCCCCUCCCGUCGGCAUACGCAUGUUGUUAUAGGCCUGGCCAAGCAAGUCGCCAACAUUUUCGCGAACCUGAUUGUGUGUUUCGUUUGCCCACCCCCGGUCGCCGCGAGCCGAAUUGUGGGGGGUUUUGAAGAUGAGACAGACACACACGGGGACUAUGGUUGCGGUCUACAGACUCUUCGUGCGUUAGACCCACAAUGUUAGACAAAUGCAAAAAAAUAUGAUUACCCCAGGGGAGGAAGGAGUGAAACAAUCACCGCGCACAAAACUACGACCGGCACCGCACCGAAGUAUACCGAUAACAAUAACAUGGGCCCCCUCCCGGGAGAUGCGACCAAGAUAAGGGAGAGAUAGAAACGUCAAACACACACCUGAGCGACAACGACCAAAGGAACCCGGGAAACUCCACCCGACGACCGGGGGUAGACCGUGGCGAAAACGACCAUAAAAGCAACAAACUCGCCCUCUCCCCGGGCUGCUCGGUUACCCCGGGCUCCCUGACCUGAUACAACAAGACUGAAGAUGGCAAACGAGAGCGAAUGUGACCGAGCGCCCGCCCGCUGCCAGCUGAGACAAAUGGAAGAUGACAGCAAUACGGAGAGCAACGCGCGGGCUGCCAAAGCCUUCAACCUGAAAGAGAGUGAAAGAAAGCAACUGCGAAAACCGAACAGCAUAGGCAGAGAAAGCCUGCCGAGUGACCAGUUGAAAAGUUGGUGGAAUGUUAUUUAUUUUUUUAUUAUUAUUUUUUUGUAUUCUUAGAAUUUAAUAGAUAUGUUUCGAUGGAAAAUAGAGAAGUUUAAAAUCCGAUAAGUGAAUUUAAGUAUGUUAAAGCAACCUUAAUGAAUCUUUUUUCAAUUAGAGUAAUCGUUCGAAGCUCUUUUUAAGCUCCUAAAGAUUUAUUCCAAGACUAGAAAAUGAAGAGCAUACAAGAGCAAACAUAUGAAUUUCCAACCCUGUAGGGGCAACGUCAUUAAAGUGAGGAAAAAACAAACCCAUUCAGCAAAACUUCCCCAUUUUCCUUACACAAACUAGUCAAACCAUCAAGAGCGCGAAAGAAAACGAAAACGGUGUAGGAUCCAUAGCCACAGCAAGCCCCCUCUCCUCUCAGCACGAAAGAGAAGAAAGGGGCUGCGACACCAAACACGCGCAAAGACGGCAUUGCCAGCCCAUGCCCGCCAAGGGAAGGGGCAAAUGUACACAGCUCACCAUCAACUACCAUGGCGAGCGAUGAUGAUCAUGAUUUAAAAUUUAAUUCAUUUUCAAAUCGAGCGACCAUUCGAUCGGCAACAGCAUAACAAUACGCAAGCAGAAAUUUUUCUUACGUUCGCGAAAAACGGCGCGCAAAACGAAGAGAGUGUAACUCGCGCGAACCCUUGUGCGUUUGAAAUUGGUGUGUAUUUUGCUUCCACUGUGUGUUGUUUUGUGUGGUUUGUGAUUUGUUGUGUGAAGGCUUUCAUUAUUGGCAUUGUCUAACUGUUGCGGUCUACAUUUUGGUGUUGUCCUGUGUUGUGCAGCAAAAAUAGAAAACAAAUAUAGUGUGUCACUGCAGUGUGGACGGGUUUGAGCGUUAUGUUUCAGCCAGCGAAAACUUGAUACUUUAUAGCCGAGUCAAGAGUAUCGCCCACACAAAAGAGGCUAGCCGACGAGUUAGAGUAUCGAAGCUGUUGGUUAAAAACCGAUUAUCUUAAGAUUCCACGAAAGGCACCCGCGAACCGCGCGCCAAGAUGCACCGAGAAGGAAGAGUGUGGCCAUGUGUGGUGUUUCUGAUAGCUGUGUGCGCGGAAGCGACCGUUGCUCAUGCACACGGCAAUUUGAAAGCACUGCUGGCACAUGACAUCUCAUCGCACGAAGCUACAAGGGAUGAUUUCAAUAACGAUUUAGCUCGCAACUUUCACUCGCCACGGCUGGAAUACAACGAAUGGUUACCGGUGGGCCGUGGUGAUCCGCUCAAGAACGAUCCAACGUACGACUACAGUCCACCGGUGCUGGACCGUGUGCGCUACUGGUCCGACGGUACGAAGGAUAAGUCGUCGGGCAACGACAUCCUGCUGCUGGGCGUUCCCUCCAAGAAGACGGUCGGUAUGAGCAAAGAAUGGAACAGUAUCCCGUUGCGCCGUAACUACUACUCGACGGGGCAUCAGCAUCACUCGGUAGCAACCAGCCCGAACCAGCAGCCUCAUACCGUUCUAAUGCCACCGCCGCGUAACAACUAUCUCGGCGGUGCGGAAGGGACCGGAUUUUGGGGUAGAGAGUCAUCCGCCUCCCAGCGAGUCGAUACACAGCCUGGUAAUGGCUUCAAAUAUCGGCCUGGAAGUACCUAUCAAGAACAAUUUUCUGAUGUAAAGCACUCCGAGUCCCCUCUGUCGCAGCCUAUUACGGCACAAUUCCAUCAUCACCAUCAGCCCCAGCUGCAAGGAGCCAGCGGAUUCAACCGACAACAGCAACCGUACGUCACAACAAUACGCCUGACGACUCCGGCCGGAGACACUGUGAAGCGCCCCCUACUCAAGACGAUACUACAGAAUGAACAUUCCUACCCGUUCACGAAAACCGCUAUGACCAGUACGGUUACCGAAUACACUUCCGGCGGGUUCUACGACGUACAAAACAUUAACGCCAUGGCACAAACGAUAUUCCAUCCUCCGCAAACCACUGAAUACCUUCAAUCGCAAUCACCGUCGUUCCCGUCAACCAAAACGGUACCCAAGAUGAGUAAAAACACCCGCACACCUCAGCAAUACGACACUCCUGUCGGUCCCUUCGUAACACCGGGCACUACUCACCUGCCUACCACGAUGAUGUCCACCACGACAAUGCGCAGUUCAAUCACGCUACCGAGCUCUUCCAGCACGGCAAGCCCCAUGGUAACGACGCCGCCUACUCCAAUGGCAAUGACGACCGAUUCGGUCUUUUCCCACUACAAACAACCGGCAACAUCGGAACGUUGGUCACCGUAUCUCAUCAUAGAGGGCCACUCGAAGGUGAAAACGUACGGACUGAAUACGAACGAUACACUAAUGCAGUUGCCUCGCAUGGUUCCUGUCACUAGCACAAAAGAUCCGAUCGUACGGCAUGUGGUCAACCGUGAUCCUGACACUGGUGCCGAGCUGGCAGUCACACACAUCGCUACCAAGCGCCCGCCAGUGUACGAAAUUCACACGGAAGCCGCACCGCGAACUGUGAAGAAAAAUGGAGCCGGAAUUCAGCAGCAGCGGCAAGACGAGUCGUCCGUCGACACGCUACUUACACUGCUCGAAGAAAGCUCAUUCGAGGAUAUGCUGAAGGAGGAGAAAGCACCGGAAAAUGCCCUGGACGAUGGUACGGCCAAUUCCGUCAGCAAGGACAGCAAGACGCGCCGAAAUGUACGCGUGCCGUGAUGUUUUUUUUUUCCUUUUUUUCUUUUUUUAAUGAUCAUACGUUGCAAUCAUUAUCCGAUAUACGCUAUCGUACGGGACCGAGCACAUUAGCGUAUCUCGAGUUUUCGCGUAUAGCGGAUAGUUGCUAUAUAUCAGACAUGGGCGGUCCCUUGGUACAAUCUAGUGUUGGGAAAUACGAAUUCUAAGAGGGAUUCGAAUCUUCGAAUGCCAAUCUUGCUUGGGAUUCAAAUCUCCGAGAAGUGGAUUCAAUCUUCAAAUAUUCCAAGUACCGAGUCUCCCAACACUAGUACAGUCGUCAACUCGCACGACUUAGCAAUACAACCGUCGUGGGUUCAAGUUUAGAAUGGACCGUCCCCUCGUAACAAAUACUGACUAUCCGGCUACGUGGUACUGAAUAAAAUCUCAAAAGCCUGUUUAGGCCGGCAUGUCGGCGUCGGACAUUAAGUCACGUAGAAAAGAACUAGAUCAGGCUUAUCUGGUAUUUUCUAACAAAACCAUACGGCCAUAUAUACUGCUAGGACAUGAUGUACUAGAACUGAUCAGCACACACACAGAAGAGAACACAACAACAAACCAUAGAACGUAGAAAAUCGCCUUUAUCUUCUUCCGACGGCGACAACAGAACUGCAGAUCCAACCUUAAUCUUGUUUCUUCUUAAUAACUUCGUUUACGAUGCAGGGACGAGUUUUACCUACACUAAGAUCAUCUGUAAAUAGUAAAUGCAUAUGUUUAAGUUAAUUUUAAAUAGACUAGCGAAUUUGUGAAUACUUAACGAAGUAAAGUGAUAUACAGCUGGCGUUUACAGCGCUCCAUUGA